AUGGACCACAGCGAGCCCACCAAGGGCAGAAGACCGGCGCCUCAUGAAGCAAUGCGUUGUAGUGUCUGUGACGAACUGUUUGCUAGCUUUGACAAGUUGAUGGGCCACAAACGAACGUCCAUGAAGCUCGAGGGAACUCAUAUCCACUGUCCUGUCUGCACACUGGACUUCAACACGAUGGAUGCCAAAGAUAAGCACAUUCUCGAGGUACACCCACAAGAGCAGAAGCUGGUCUGCCCAGGUUGUCAGAAGAGCUUCGUCCGGCUCGCCGCCUGGAUGAGGCAUUUGGAACACGACCAGUGUAGCGCCAUCGGACGACAGGACCUAGACAGAAACCGCGCCCAUAAACUUACAUUUGCUCACGAGCUUGAGAAGCGCAGCGGUUCCCAGUUUGGAGACUACUUUCCCACUUCGCACCCUAGCGUUCAGUCCGCUUUUGACAAACCAUACAUGGCCCACCCGUCGUUUUUUAAACCAGACGACUUUCCCGCCGGAGGGAAACAACAAGACGAUAAGCUGGAAGCCCAGAAGGACUCCAGACCUGCAGUGGAAAAGUCAACGGCUGCGGACGACAUCAACAACCCCUCUCAUCCAAGUUUCGAUCCCAAGAAGUACUACGACGCAAUCAUUCUCAAAUUCAAGUGUCCUCAGACAUCCUGCAGGAAGAGCUUUGACACAAGCAGAGCCCUCGUCACCCACAUGAAGGCAGCUACCUCCCACUACAACGCAAAGUUGCAGUGUCCCGGAUGCCUCCGCUACUUCAGAGACACGUCUUCUCUUACCGCUCACUCUGAGUCAGAGACUAACCGCUGCUCGAUUCGCCAUUCCGAGAACUACCGUAACUACCUCGAUCAGCUAACUGGAGGCAUGGCGGACGUGGCCGACUGGCACCGGGACGGCACCGUCAGGUACGAAGUGAGCACGGAAGCUGUCAUCAAGUUCGGUACCGAACAGGCAAAGAUGGCCACGAACGACUUCAUCGCGAAGCAGGAAGCCAAUCAGCAAGAGUCAUGGGCGCGCAACAAUCCUAUUUGGUGA